AUGGCUCUUAUCGGAUAUUCUUCCCUAUUUUUCGAUGCGCUAGUCGAUGCUGAAUCUAUAGCAAUCUUCGUUGUUCUACAAGGGGUUCUGACAGGCGUUUUGACCUUGUUCACCACCUCCAUCAGAUGGAUUCUUUGCAUUUUGUUGUCUUCUGAGUACCGAAAGUUUGCGUUGGGGAAGAAUAGGAAUACGGUUGGUGUUCCAAACUAA